AUGAAUCUUGAUCGAAGCGCCGUUACGACUACGGAUUCAUCCUCCUCCUCCUCCUCUGUUCUUCAUCACACAACCUUGGAACAAGUCAAAGGAAGAAGUAAGAGAGCAUCGUCCAAUCCGUUAGCUCUCUCUUUGAAAAUUACGGUUCCGGAACCAUCUUUUAAAAAGAUUGAUGUACAAACGUUUGCAAGCAUGAUCGGAAAGGAAAGCGUGUUAAUUAUUGACGUGAGAGAUGAAGAUUAUGAAGGAGGACAUGUCAAAGGAAGUCUGCAUUUAGAUUUCUCAAAUUUUGAGCAAGUUCAUUUACCAACACUUAUAAAGACAUGUAAAGAAAAAUCCUCAAGUUUGGAUACCAUUGUAUUUUACUGCAUGUAUAGUGAACAGCGAGGACCUCAAUGUGCCACAAGUUUUGCCGAAAAGAUUGCAGAUGAUAAGGAAUUACAACAUUUGAAAUUAUUUGUACCCUCUGGAGGAUUUAAUUCAUUCCUGAAAAAGUAUCCAGCUCCCAACGAAUACAUUGAUGAUUAUUCGGCCGAGUUUUUUUAUGAAAAUGAAGAUGGACAAUUACUUCACAAAAUUGAUGCUCAAUAUCUUGAUGUCAUUACAGGAGAAAAGCAAAAUUUUAUUCAUCCUCAUCACAAGCAGGAAUAA